UUUCCUUCUCUCUAUUUCUCCAGCUCUCCGACGUCGUAUUGCUGACCUCCAUUUGAUCUUUGUACACUAAAGAUCUUCAACUUUGAGCUGAAGAACAUGUUGGAGGUAUGGGGUGGCUGUUUUAGGCUUCCAAAUGAAUUGAAAUCCGAUGUUCAUCGUCAAUGUACAUAUCAUUUCAUUACCAAAGUUGGAUUUUUGUAGUAUAGGGAGGACUAAGGAGUACUAUAUUUGCCAAAAGAGAUGAGGAAAUUCUUGCGGCGAAUAAUUGUUGUUCUGUUCUUCAGAGUUAACUGGAAGAAACUCUUUGUUAUAGGCACUAUUUUAACAGUGUUUAGAGUUGUCUUUCAAAUUUAUAGCCUCCCUAAUCCUUUAACUGAAUGGAUUAGCUCUCCACCCUUGGAUGUUUCAUCUUACCAACGCCUAAUAAAUCACGGAAACAAAUCGAGGGAACUUGAACUUUCAGUAACAUCUGAUAACCAGUUGAAAAUGAGUAAGCAUUUGCCCGCGGUUGUUUCACUCAACUCUACAGCCAGAGCAAACCGAUUAAUGAGAGUUAUGGAAAGACGAGCAAGACUUCUGAGGCGUAGGAGACGCAAGAAGCAGGCACGUAUAGUAGAAAAGAUUGUUUAUCCGCCUCCACCUGUUGUGCCUGAUCACUUGCAAAGAUUUAUCGCGUCGUUGACACCAAAUGAGGCACUUGCAUAUGCUAGAAGGGAGAUUGAGCAAGCUCCUUUAGUCACCGAUGAUCCAGACUUGUUUGCUCCUCUUUUUAGGAAUAUUUCCAACUUUAAGAGGAGCUAUGAGAUGAUGGAACUUCUACUCAAAGUUUACAUUUACAAAGAAGGAGACAGGCCUAUUUUCCACGAACCUCAUCUUCUGGGAAUUUAUUCGUCUGAGGGAUGGUUCAUGAAAUUGAUGGAGGAAAAUCCCUACUUUGUCACUAGGGACCCUGAGAAGGCUCACCUAUUCUAUCUGCCAUAUAGUUCACGACAGUUGCAGAUGGCAGUUUAUGUGCCUGGCUCGCAUAAUCUUAGGCCGUUGUCAGAAUUCCUACGAGACUAUGUGAACAUGCUAGCUGCAAAGUAUCCCUUCUGGAAUCGUACACACGGAACAGAUCACUUUCUAGUUGCUUGCCAUGAUUGGGGGCCUUACAUUUUAAAGGAUCACGAGGAGUUAAUUCGAAACACUAUAAAAGCUCUCUGCAAUGCAGAUAUAUCAGAAGGAAUAUUUAAAGCUGGAAAGGAUGUUUCCCUUCCGGAGACCGCCAUAAGAAAUAUCGGUAAACCUCUAGUAAAUGUUGGUGGAAAAAGAGUGUCACAACGCCCUAUCCUCGCCUUUUUUGCUGGAAAUAUGCACGGACCAGUCCGUCCCAAACUCCUCAAGUACUGGAGUGACCGAGAUGAAGACAUGAAAAUUUACGGGCCUCUACCUACCAAAGUCUCAAGAAUAAUGUCUUAUCCUGACCACAUGAAAUCAAGCAAGUUCUGUCUUUGUCCAAUGGGUUUUGAAGUGAACAGUCCAAGGAUUGUCGAGGCAAUAUACUACGAGUGUGUACCAGUGAUCAUUGCUGAUAAUCUUGCCCUCCCAUUUGACGAAGUGCUCGAUUGGAGUGCUUUCUCAUUGAUAGUUUCUGAGGAAGAUAUUCCUAAGCUGAAGGAGAUUUUGUUAAGUAUACCUUUAAGACGUUAUCAGGUGAUGCAAAAUAACGUCAAGAGGGUGCAGAAGCAUUUUCAUUGGAACGCAAUGCCAUUUAGAUUUGAUCUCUUCCAUAUGAUUCUGCAUUCCAUUUGGUCUAGAAGGCUCAACCAGUUUCAAGAAUCACAGAUAUCAUAACCCCACUCGAGUUCAUCGUGCUUUCAACUUGCCC